GCUCUCCGAAAAUCCCAUCUCGCGAGAGUACGGGUUCCUCAGAAGAGAGUCUUUUCCAAUAGUCUUGUUUUUGUUGUUAUUUUGUUUAACGGUCAAACCUCGUUUAUUUGGCAUCUACUCACGAGUUAACCGAUUUUACAUAAGUCACUUUGUUUUUUGGAAGAGUUAAAACGUAGAUACAAUAGUUAAUUCCUUUUGUUCGCAAUUCUUUUUGUCGCGAGAGAUGGGAAUGUAUCCAUAGCGGAGGAAGCAAACCGUAUCCAGCUAACUGUCCAAACAAAUCUUCCUUUAUCCACAUAUAUCGGUCUUCAACAGCCAUUUACACGUAAACAUGGGUUCAAUACUGAGCAGGAGGAUUGCUGGAGUUGAAGACAUCGAUAUUCAAGCCAAUUCGGCGUACAGAUACCCUCCCAAAUCAGGAAAUUAUUUCACAAGUCAUUUUUUCAUGGGAGGGGAAAAGUUCGACACACCCCAUCCAGAGGGAUAUCUUUUUGGAGAAAAUAUGGAUUUGAAUUUCUUAGGCAACAGACCUGUGCAGUUUCCCUAUGUGACCCCAGCACCAAAUGAGCCUGUGAAGACGCUGAGGAGUUUGGUGAACAUCAGGAAGGAUACUUUACGACUUGUCAGGUAUAAGGAUGAUUGUGACAGCACACUGGAGGAUACAGGAGAUCCCAGGAUUCUGUACAGUAUUGAAUUCUGCUUUGAUACUGAUGCCAGAGUGGCUAUUACAUUAUACUGUCAGGCCUUUGAGGAGUUUGCCAAUGGGAUGGCAAUAUACAGCCCCAAGAGCCCUGCAAUGGUGUCUGAGACGGUCCAUUAUAAGAGAGGGAUAAAUCAGCAAUUUUCUCUGCCAUCAUUCAAGAUCGAUUUCACCAAAUGGAAACCAGAAGAGCUGAAUUUUGAUCUGGACAAAGGCGUUUUCCCUUUGGUGGUCCAAGCAAUAGUGGAUGAUGGAGAUGACGUCACCGGGCAUGCGCAUGUUCUCUUGGCAGCUUUUGAAAGGCACGUUGAUGGCAGUUUCUCAGUUAAACCUUUGAAACAGAAGCAAAUAGUGGACCGUGUGAGCUAUCUGCUGCAGGAGAUUUACGGCAUUGAAAACCGGAACAAUCAGGAGACCAAGUCCACAGAGGAUGAGAACAGUGACAACAGCAGCGAGUGUGUGGUUUGUUUAUCAGACCUGCGUGACACACUCAUUCUCCCUUGCAGGCACCUGUGUCUGUGCAAUGCCUGUGCUGACACACUGCGUUACCAGGCCAACAACUGCCCUAUCUGCAGACUGCCAUUCAGAGCCCUGCUCCAGAUUCGAGCCGUGAGGAAGAAAACAGCUGCCACUCUCUCACCCGUUUCCUUUAGCCCAGUGCUUUCCCAGAGCUCUGACCAUACUGAACAUUCGAAUGCUGACAACAUCCCUCCUGGUUAUGAGCCCAUCUCACUGCUGGAAGCCCUGAAUGGGGUGCAACCAGUGUCCCCUUCAAUCCCAUCAGCACCUCUCUAUGAGGAGAUCCAGUUUUCUGGGGAGAUGGGGGAUCCCCUGACCGGACGGCAGCAGAACACAGAUACCACAUCAAUGAAGGGCAAGGGUAGCAAGUCUCCAGAUGGGUCUACACGUUCUCCAUCGUCCCCAAUACAGGAGGAGGAAGAUGAGGAGAGGAUGUCGGAGCUCUCUGAUGCCCAGCCUCAGUCUGUUCUGCCCUGUAGUCUCAGUCCCACUGAGGCCACAGUAGAGGGUGUGUCCACCAAACCUGGCUUCCCAAAUUCAGGUUCGGAGAGCAGAUCUCUGGGUGUGUCUGUGAGUGAAAUCCUACAGGACAGCCACAGCGAGCGCAGCAGCCUGAGCCGGACAGAAAGUGACCCCUCGGCAGACCUGGCCCUGCCUGGUUCAUCGGAGUCCAUAGAAAGCCUGAAGAGUCAGAGCACCAGCAGCUCCAGUCAGCCCCUGCUCUGCCUCCCCAGCACCCUGCACAUGGAAGAUGAGCGGCUCCCUUCAUAAACACCCCCUGCUGUGCCAGAUUCAUCAACCCGCUGACCCAAACUUAUUCCCAUUCCAGCACACUGUUGCUCAUGAAUACUUCCAGGUCUCAAUUAAGAAAAUUACUUCUUGAGUACAACAAUCAAAGCUGUGUAGUGAAGAGUCCAAGACAUUUCACCGUGUAAUAGAAACACAAUACAAAAGAUAAAAAAAAACCUAAAAGAAAAAUAAGAAAACGAAUUGUCAUUUAUAAGACGGUCAUAGCUUUUGCUUUGAGAGUUCAGAAAUGUUGAAUGACUCAAAUUAUUUUAAUGGAUGCUCAGUCUCUUUGAAGAAUGCAGCUUCAUGGUGAUAUAUGACUUUGUACCUUUUUUUUUCUUUUUAAAUAAUCAGCAAAUGAACACUAAAUGCAUCAGAUUGCAGUAUGAUACGGACUCAUAGUAUAAUCAGUUAUCCGGUUGAAGUAGUCAUCUACGUCUGUAUCUUAUAUAUUUGUUUUGUGCCUUAUAGUGCUGUGUGGCUGUCCCUUCGUCCUCCCGUUGAAAUAGACAAAGUGGGAAGCUGUAGCACUUCUUGAAGCUUUAAUGAGUAGUUUAUAGAGGGAUCUGCCAUGAUUUACAGUCACAUAUCUGAUGCUUUUUAGUGAAUUCACUGCUGCUUAUCUAGGUCAAGCACCUUUAAAAGUUAUGUAUGUUUGUAUGUAGUCAAAUUGUUUUAUCAUAAAGUGUUGUGCAUAGAUAUG